AUGGUCGUAUGCCACCCCGAGCCCUUCCAGGUUCGCCGUCCUCGCUCCAGAUACGCCUUCCGCGUCUUCCCCCAGUCAUCCCCGUCCUCCUCCUCUGAGCUGCCCGCCUCCGCCAACGAGGACCUCAAGACGCUCGGCAGAGAAGCCGCCGUCUACAACGAGUGGAUGCGCUACCUCUUCCGCCCUGCCCUCGCCCAGCUCGACCAGCUCGGCCUCACCGACCACGACGCGUACACAGUCUUCGUCCUCACGGCCGAGUGGCACGCCUUCUGCGCAGUCGUCCACUUUGACUUCAGUCUGCCGUACAAUCUGGAAGACGCGUUCUACAAGGUCGAAGUGCACAGGUUCUCCGAAGCCUUCGCGAACUUCUGGCUCCGCUACUACACGAAUGUUGAGGGAUUCAGCAAGCCGAAGUCGGUCAAGAAUCUGCCCACGACUCACCACAGACGCGUUAGGGAAUGGUUCGCAGCUCAUGACAUGGACUUUGAUGGGCUCCGCUCUGUAUUCGAGGGGCAGAGCACCAAUGCGAUUCCGCCUGACUGGGGUAUCGUAUUCGCCACUGCUCAAGACGCUAAACACUACUGGAAUAUCUUGCUCGCGGGUCUGAUGCAACAUCUGUCGAGCAAUGGUGAAUCAAGGCCAACCGCAUCCUACCUGCAGAUACCUGGGGCGAUGGUGCGCUUCUCCUUCUGGCCCGACUUCGCAUUCAUGGUGCAGACAGACAUGUCUGAACUGAUCCGUGACCCCGUCACCUUCGGCGGAACCUGGGCAAUCGACGUCUUGAAGAAGCGAGUGAUGCAAAGGACGGCGAACCUCGAUAUGGACGAAAACCCGACGACGCUCUUCAUGCAGAACAUCUUCCACGUCAUCUAUAAGACCCUCUCCAAGAUCAGCAGCGACGAAUUUUGGGCAGUUCAUGCGGUAUCUGCGUUCAUCGAGCUGUCCUACCAGGAUAGUCGAGCGAGCAGUUCCGUUGCAGACUUACGUGCAGGCAAUUGA